AGAAGAAAAGGGCGCUGUGGUUUGGCGAGAGGAAGUGCGCGAGCUUGACUCUUGCUGCGCGGCUGCUCGCGGGUUGGCCAGCAAGGUGAGCCCGAGAUGUCGCUGCGCUUGAAGCCGGGGCUGCCGCUGCCGCCGCCGCUGCUGCUGCUCCUGGGGCCGCUCGUUGUCUUCUACUCUCGCGCCCAGGCGGGACCCGCGCAAACAGAGGACGCCGUGGAGCUGGACUUCUCCACCGAGCGGCCGGUGCACCUGGUGAGCCCUGAGUUCCUGUCUUUCACCAUCGACGCCAACCUGGCCACGGACCCGCGGUUCCUAACCUUUCUGGGUUCUGCAAAGCUUCGUACUUUGGCCAGAGGUUUGUCUCCUGCAUACCUGAGAUUUGGUGGCACCAAGACAGACUUUCUAAUUUUUGAUCCCAAGAAGGAACCAAGCUUUGAAGAGAGAAGUUACUGGCAAUCUCAAUCCAAGCAAGAUAUUUGCAAAUCUGGAUUCAUCCCUUCUGAUGUGGAGAAGAGGUUACAGUUGGAAUGGCCAUUCCAGGAGCAAUUGCUACUCAGAGAACAGUAUCAGAAAAAGUUCAAGAAUAGCACCUACUCAAGAAGCUCGGUGGAUAUACUGUAUACUUUUGCAAAUUGUUCUGGAUUGAACUUGAUCUUUGGUCUAAAUGCCUUACUACGAACAGCAGAUUUGCAGUGGAACAGUUCUAAUGCUCAGUUGCUCCUGGACUACUGCUCUUCCAAGAGUUACAACAUUUCUUGGGAACUAGGCAAUGAACCUAACAGUUUCCAGAAGAAGGCUGGUAUUUUCAUUGAUGGAUUGCAAUUAGGAGAAGAUUUUAUUGAGUUGCAUAAACUUCUAGGAAAAUCUGCUUUCAAAAAUGCAAAACUCUAUGGUCCUGAUGUUAGCCAGCCUCGAGUAAAGACUGUUAAGAUGCUGAGGAGUUUCCUCAAGGCUGGGGGAGAAGCGAUUGAUUCAGUUACAUGGCAUCACUACUACUUAAAUGGACGAAUUGCUACCAAAGAAGAUUUUCUAAACCCUGAUGUGUUGGACACUUUUAUUUUAUCUGUGCAAAAAAUUUUCCAGGUUGUUGAGGAGACCAGACCCCACAAGAAGGUGUGGUUAGGAGAAACAAGCUCUGCAUAUGGGGGUGGAGCGCCCUUGCUGUCCAACACCUUUGCAGCAGGCUUUAUGUGGCUGGAUAAAUUGGGCCUUUCAGCCAGAAUGGGCAUAGAAGUGGUGAUGAGGCAAGUGUUCUUCGGAGCUGGAAACUACCAUUUAGUGGAUGAAAACUUUGAACCCUUACCUGAUUAUUGGCUCUCUCUUCUGUUCAAAAAACUGGUGGGCACCAAUGUAUUAAUGGCAAGUGUGAAAGGUCCAGACAGGAGCAAACUUCGAGUAUACCUUCACUGCACAAACAUCAACCACCCAAGGUAUAAAGAAGGAGAUUUAACUCUGUAUGCCUUAAACCUCCAUAAUGUCACCAAGCGCUUGCAGUUACCAUAUUAUUUAUUUGACAAACAAGUGGACAAAUACCUUGUAAAACCUUCAGGACCUGAUGGAUUAUUUUCCAAAUCGGUCCAACUCAAUGGUCAAACUCUGAAGAUGCUGGAUGAUCAAACCUUGCCAGCUAUGACAGAAAAACCUCUUCGCCCAGGAAGUUCACUGGGCUUGCCAGCUUUCUCUUAUGGAUUUUUUGUUAUUAGAAAUGCCAAAGUUGCCGUGUGCACUUGAAAAUGAAAGGCAUAUGCUAGCCCUGAGAUUGAAUUUUCAAGUGUAUUGAUAAAAGGAAAGCAAAAAUCAAGCUGCAGGAAAGCAAGCAGAUACAUUACAAAUCACCUCGUGGGAACUUUGGAGGCACCGGGACACUCUCAGUGCUAUAUAGCACAGUAUAUUGUUUUCUCUAAGUAGACCACUACAAAUAAUAAUACCUUAUGCCAAACACUAUGCCUGUACUUUGCAUGUACUAUUUUUAUUUAAGCUUAUUUAAAAUGUAUAUGAAUGCUCCCAAUACAGCCAGGAUGCAAGUAAGUGAAGGAUAUAUUAUUAGUUUUAAGAAAGUGCUUAGUUGUUUUUAUUUUAAAAAACAGUUACUAGAAGGCUGUCAGAUUCUUUCCUCCACAACCUUCAAAUUGUUUAUAAAAGAAGACCAUCUCUUUGCACCUUAACAGUGAGCUAGAUUCAGCUGCUGCUUCUCUUCUCAUAUAACUGAAAUUGAUUUGCCAAGAGGAAAAAUUUAAUUUAAUAUAUUAUUACCAUCUGUUAAUGUUUAUUUUUGUUCUACCUUCAGUUCUUGUUUUUGUUUGGAAGCUUUUGGCUGCAAGUAACAGAAAACCCUGAUUCAUAUGGCUUAAACAAUAAGGACAUUCAUAAUCACAAAUAACAAGAAGUUCAAACGGGGUAGGCUCCACAGCUCAUAUGUCAGCAGGGAACCAGGUUCUUUCCAUCUCUGCUCUGCUACCUUUAGUAUUGGCUUCAUUCUCAAGCUGGUAGCAUGAUAGGUGUAGCUAUUCCAUUCAGACUUGGAAGCAUCUGGAGAAAAUAGAUGAGCAAUUUUUCUGUGUCUCCUUCACAGACUUGAACCCUUUCACAGAGGCUCUCCAGCAAACCUCGCCUGGUAUUUCCUUAUGUCUUAUUGGUUAGGAAUGGGACACAUGGCCAUUCUCCCAGUGACUGCCAACAUCAAUAAGAUUCUUGUAAUUAUCUGCUAGUAAUCUUUUGGAAUGGAGAGUGUUAGGAAGUUUGUAGCACUGACCUCUACAGUUCUGUGCUUUUAUCAGUGACAGAAUGUAUUAUUUUCUCCUGUAUCUUAAUUUUUAGAAAUAUAAUCCUCUCUAUAUUUAUGCCUCUAUGAAUAUUGUCUGAAUUAAAUUGGAUUACGUUUAUAAGGAGCUAAAGCUAGAACUUAAAGUUUGGAUGUUUGAAUACCCUUAAAUUUUAUAUGUAAGUAGUUUUUACAUUUUCACAUUUGAAAUAAAAGCAAUUUUUAUAACCUCAA